GUAGUUCUGUAUUCUGGGCCGCAGUUGAAGUAUCGAUCUGCAAUCGAGGGGCUUCCCACCGCUGAAUGUGGUUCGUUAGCGAUGUUCUAGCCCAGUGAGGAGCGGUGCGUGUGCCGCGAGCACACUUCACACUCAAGUGAUAUUAUGAAGAAAGGCAAGCAAGGUCACGGCCUGCGGAAGUCCCGAACUUCGAAGAAUACUGACACGAACAAGACAGACAGAGAUCAGAAAGCAGCGGACACACCGGCUGAAGCCUUACUAGAUGACGAUGAAACCGGGUUUGGGGGGUGGCUCAAAUCAGCCGACGGCAUGGACACAAUGAAACUGUUCGUGAUCGCCAACAGCAUCGUGGUCGUGUCAACACUCGCCCUUCCGCACGUGCAGACCGUGUUUGAUAUCCUUUACGAAGCAAUUUACGGGUCUGACUCGUACUUUUGAACCGUAGAUGAAAGACUGCGGAUAUUGUCACUCGAGUUUAAAUAUAGUAGCAGGUAAUUGUGCGACAAGAACCGAUCUAAGCAUAUAUUUACAACUUAACGUUUCAU